CAAAGGCUCUCUGCGUAGGUGCAUUGUGGGAUAGUUUCUCCUGCAGAGAUGGCGGCGCGUGUUCUGUCCCGGUGUGUCCGCUCAUUCGUUAGGUCGUCCGCCAUCUUCACCCCUGCCAGUACAUGUACCCGAACUUUAACGCUUCCCAGCUGCCAGUCUUUCUCUUUAAUUACCGACUCUCGGCGGCGCACGCUUCCACAGGUGUACAACCCGGUCACGCAGUUAAGCAGACAGUAUGGAGACCUGCCCCCUCUUACGCUGGACAGUGUACAGGAGAGGGUCCUCUACGUCCUGAAGCUUUAUGACAAGAUCAACCCAGAGAAGUUAACAGCCACAUGCCAUUUUAUGAAGGACUUGGGCUUGGACAGUCUGGAUCAAGUUGAGAUAAUCAUGGCCAUGGAAGAUGAGUUUGGAUUUGAAAUUCCAGAUUCAGAUGCAGAAAAGCUGAUGACUCCUCAAGAGAUUGUAGAUUAUAUCGCGGAUAAGAAGGAUGUUUAUCAAUAAAGGCCUUCUUCUGCAAAGGUCAAACAGUGAAAUCUCUGGAUCUCUUCCAGCAACUUAUUGAGUUUCAGUUGGAUUGAUAGAUGGCGUUGACAUUUGAGUUUGUCUUGUUCAGUGUAUCAUCCAGUCAGUUUUCUGAACGCGUUUAUAUUUAAAGGUUGUAUUAAACGUGUGAGUUCAAAUAAACAACAUGUUAACUUUC